GAAGCACUACAUUUAAACCACAGGAUAUCCGGAUAUAUCAUUAAUCAAGGAGCAUGAAGAUCAUCCACAUAAUGGCUCGAAUAUUCAAGAUAGCUUAGGCAGGUACCUAGGUAGGUGUAUUAAUCUUAUGUCCCAAAAUUGUAAUGAACUACAUGUAUCAUUGGUGGCCCAUGCAGAUUGAUAUGACCUCACUUCCCUGAAGGAAAAAUCAGCUAUCAGGAUGAGUGGCCCAAGCUCCUCGGCUAUACUUGGAUAAAACAUCCUGGGAUGAGAUCAAUGACAUCACGGUGAUAUAAGAUAUGGGCAAGACUCGCUUCACAAAGUAGACAUCUAAGCUUCCACGUCUGCUUCUCAGCUCCAGAGCUAACUAAUCUACCUAAUCUACCUGUCAAUUGAAUUGUUGUCGAGAGCAAGAAUAAACCUGGUUACAUCCUCUCCAGAUAUCCGUACCAAUUUUUGUUCCAAGCGCCACUGCCAAUAUGACUACAACUAGAUCCGGCGCCAAAGUUGGUUCGAUUUCAAAAAGUGAAAAUAGAAAGGGCGUGGGUUCUAAACACCAGCUCGAUACGAAAGCGUCACCGGAAUCUAAGCGGACCAAAAACGAAAGCGAUAAGAAACAGCAAACCAUAGAGGACACUAUCCCAAGCCCUACUGAAGCGUACGGCGACGGUAGCAGCGAUCGGCCGAUCAAAAGGGAAGAGAAGGAUGAUAAGAAUGGGGUGGUUCAGGGGCAAACAGAUCAAAAGAAUGCGGCCGAACAAGAGGGUGCAAGAAAGGGAGUCGUCCCGCCCAAUAUCUUGGAGAAGGGUAUCAUAUACUUUUUCAUCCGCGGCCGGGUAGGUAUCGACGAGCCUAGUAGUCUCAGCGAUAUUCGUCGCAGCUAUAUUAUCCUGCGUCCCUUGGCCAAGGACGCGAGACUUGGCAACGGCACGAUCGACGAUGCUGAAAAUAGCCGCUUAAUUGCUAUCCCGAAGAAGGUAUUGCCGCGGAGUGGCAAGGAUAGGUGGAUUGCGUUCGUUGAAAAGUCGCACGCCUCGUUUAAGACGUUGAAAGACGAGUUCAUCUCUGCGUCGGACUAUACCACCAAAACGGCCGGCGUUCGACACAAACCGGCGGCCAAACCCGUAGCGGAGGGCGUCUAUGCUAUCACGAGUACUGGCCGUGAGUCCCACCUUGCUUAUAUGGUAACUUUACCGAAGAAUCUCGGCGAGGUGCAAAAAGAGAUUGGAUUAAAAGAGAAGGGAAGCUUCAUUAUAAGCACCAGAAACCCGCAAUACGAGCCUCCCAAAGGAAUUGCUCCUCCUCAAGUGCCGAAGUAUCCAAAGGAGAUACAAGACGGCUUCCGCGGCUUGCGUUGGGUCGCUACACGGCCCGAGCAUCUCGACUAUGUAAACACUCAGUUUUUGCUAAUUGGCGAAUCGAGCGGUAUCCAAAAGGCCACGGAGCCUCAAAAGGGCCAGAAGGAGGGUCAAGAGGAUCCUAUAGAGGAGUUAGAGAAGCUAGAAGACGAAGACACUCACCGUAUGCAGAGUCUUCAGGGCGACGACUCGGAUGCCAUCUUCAAGGACUUGCACGUCCGUGCGCAGGAUUAUCCUAAACUCCAGACUACCUUUUAAAACUCGGGAGGUAAUGGUGCGAAAUGAGCUUAUCGAAAUGUAUUAUAGGGAAAGGCGUAUCUUGUAAGAAAUGGGAAAAGGAAUACGAGCUGUUUGAGAUGAAUAGGGCAAUAUUCCUUCUACUUAAGAGGUACAAUACCUGUAAUUAGGUAGGUACCUACCUAGCUUGCCGUGGAUAAGACCCACAAUACAACGAUAUCAAACCCUA